CCGGGCCCGCGGCUGGCUCUGCUGCCGCUGCCCGCGCAGGGCGGCUGCCCCAGACAUGUCCCCCAACUAUAUGCGGAGCUUCUCGGAGGGAUGCCUCAGGCCACCAACGGUAAUUGGCCAAUUCCACACUCUUUUCUUUGGCUCAGUCCGCAUGUUUUUCCUUGGCGUUUUGGGCUUUGCUGUUUAUGGAAAUGAGGCCUUGCAUUUCAGCUGUGACCCAGACAAGAGAGAGGUUAACCUUUUCUGUUACAACCAGUUCAGACCUAUAACUCCUCAGGUGUUCUGGGCAUUACAGCUGGUGAUUGUACUGGUACCUGGAGCAUUUUUUCACCUUUAUGCUGCAUUGAAACAAGAGAUUCAGAUUCAUCACUACUUAGCAGUAAUCCAAGAACCAAGAAAGUCAAAGGGGAUCCAUCAGCAUCUUCGAACAUAGUUUUGAGGCCUGUAACACUAAAGGGAAGAACAUCUUUGCUUCUUGAAUUAAGUUUAAAUUACAUGGAAAAAAAUCAGCAUAAAAGGAUAAAAAGUUGAGAUCCCAGUGACAGUAAUUGAGUCUUUUCAGUAAUAUCUGGAAAACUCUAGAAAAAAUGCUACUAAAUCUUAUAGCACCAAUUUUGUGCAGUCUCCACACAAGGUUGGGUUAUAAGAACAUUGUAAUCUUCAAGAACAAACGUAGCCCUCAUUACAUAGAUGGGACUAUCUUGGAUUUGAUUGAUUCUGGGCCAUUUAAAUCAAAGUGGGUGACAACUAGAUGUGUGGCUUUUUUAAUAUGCUGAUCAAGAGCAAAAUGCUACAUUCCAAUACAUUCACUACAUCAAAGAUCAAAGUUGUGUUAUCUUUUUUCCCCUAUGGAAAUAAGUUAUAUGCUGUCAUUAAAUGUAUGUCCAGUCAACACAAUCAGGUUUAUGCAACAUUAAACUACUUAAUUGACAUUUGCAAGCAUUACAAAUGGAGAAUGAAUCACUGUGCUAGCUUCUUGGUUGCAUAAUAUGCCAUGAAGUUUGGUUAAUACAUGGGUUUUUUUUUGUUGUAUACAUCACUAUCCAUCAGAAAUUAUUCUUUGCAAUUUAAACCUGUAAUCUCAGGUUCAAAAAAUCCUUUGCUUUAGAAAUAAAAUGAGCUAUAUAUAUAUAUGUGUGUGUGUGUGUAUAUAUAUAUGUUGCUUCUAAAAGUAAGAACUUCCUUCAUGUGCAAGAUAUGAUCAUGAUCAACUGUACUCACACUUAAUCAGAUGGUUGAAUAACAAUAAA